CGAUGGCGAUGGCGAUGGCGAUGGUGUCCUCAUCAAGUCUACAUCAUAUUGAAUUACGAUUGUUUUUGGUCGGGAAUCCUCGGGAGGGUCGACCCUGGUGCAUCGGAAAAGCUGAUGGUAAUGUGAUCAUGUGGUAAGGGCGCACUCACUCACGUUUGCUCCAUUCCAACCUCUGAUGGUUGCAAAGAGAGAUGGAGAGAGGGAGGAGGAGGAGGAGGGAGGAGGAGGAGGAGGGAGGAGGGAGGAGGGAGGUGGUUUUCCCUGUCAUCUUUCCUAGACUUCGCAGGAGCUUGGCAGUGAUGAGCAGACGAGCAAUUCUCAGCGACGUACGGGAGGCGUGGUGAAUUGCUGCGGCAAUCGAGUUUCGAGCUCCCUUGGUUCUUCGUCUCUCCUCCUGAUGAAAACAGAAAACAACUGCAAGAACUCCUUCGCUCUUCCUCCUCCCUCCUCCUCUGUCCUUCUCCUCCUCCUCCUCCUCCUCCUACAGUCACUCCUCCCUUCAUGAUUACUGCUUCUUUUGAGUCCGCCGGUGAUCCAUCGACGCCAUUGCUGUCAGUUACACACGGCAUGGACUUGAGCAACCGACGACGACCUCCCUACACUUCACUACAUCUGCAUCUACGGGCUGAAGUCCUCCUCCGCCUCCUCGUCUUGGCUGCUUCAUCUUAUCCUCGCUCGUUCCACUGCUGUCUAGCUCUUCGCUGCACUCGGUCUCUCUGCGCAACAUAAACUGGCACGCUAACCCCUGUUGUUGCAGCCCUGGGAGGCCUGUGCGACAAGAUUUGUGUUGCCUGAUGUCCGUGAUCUCGAACAGUUAGUCUCUCUCAAAUGACGUGCGGCGGUUGACGGGGUCUCUGCACCUUCUGCGAAAUCUCGUGCCUCUCUCUCUCUCUCUCUCUCUCUCUCUCUCUCUCUCUCUCUCUCUCUCUCUCUCUCUCUCUCUCUCGCUCGCUCUCUCUCUUUUCUCCCUCCCGGAGUUUCCCCCUUCUGUUUUGGUUGUCUAUUUCGUGGCUGUUCUUGAUAUUCUUCUCCUCCUCCCUCCUCUCUAUCUACACUCCCUCACUCCCCCACUUUUCCUGUCCCUCGCAGUCCUCCUCUUCAGGGUAGUCAGAGUGCAUCUCAUCGCAUUAUCCCCCGAUGGAUUCGGACCAUCGGAUUAGUGCUCGUACAUUUACAGUCCUAACUAUUUUCUCUCUUGCAUGCUUCAUUAUCAGCUUCCACUCUAAUGCCGCAUUCUGGACUAUCUGGACUGGGUCCGAUGUAAGUGACGGCUCUUGCAAGGAUGCCAGCGAUCGACGCGGCGAUCCCGAGGCCGCUAUCAACGGCAGUCAUGCCACCGUCUUCUCUCUAGCGAGUUUGGGACAAAGGACGAGUAGGCAUAGAGACAUCUGCUGGCAGGGACCUCCGCAGUUUCAAGGCGGUCACAAUUUGGUGGUUGCAGCCUCUUCUUCCUCCUCCUCCUCUUCUUCCUCCUCCUCCUCAUCUAACUCCUCCUCGUCCUCCGGUUCUUCGUUCAAACUGCCUCCUGGAAGUGUCACGUGGCGCGCAGUGGAAGUUGUUGGGAUGGGAUGUUCCUUGUGCUUUACAGGAUCCACGUGUAGCUUCAGAUUAAGACUCGGUUCCCGUUUGUCCUUGUGGGCCGAUCAAGAUGUGCCCCGCCGGCGAGAGGUGAUGGUGGUGAUCGAUGGUCCAGCUUUGCUAGAAGGUGCUGUUACCCCCAUCAGCACAUCGAACAACCAGUUGGAAUGGAUGGUCUCUUAUCUACCCUUCGAUCUUGGGGAGUACGUCGUCACGAUCUAUGCAGAAUGCUCCCUCCCUGUUCUCGGCAAUUCCCUGUCCAUACCUUUGGCCCGUUCCCCUUCAGAAGCCACCACCUACCUCUCCCAAUUCAACCUCACUGUGUACUCGACUCGAAUGAAACCGACACAGCAGGAGCACCAGCAGCACCAGCAGCAGCUUAGUCCCUGCGACGCAGGGUUGUACGGGCGAUGGGUCUCCUCGACGGCGGCCUCGGUGGGCAAUACUCUGUAUGGUUCUUCUUCUUCAAGUCCCGGCGAUUCCCUGUACACGUGGCAGUUCUUCGACUGCGCAGUUGCCCAAGACCGCGACAGUUUCCUGCUAGCUCUGUUGAGGCGGGACAUCUCGGAGAUCAACUUCAUCGGCGACUCCCAUAACCGCAUGCUCUAUCAUCACCUCUGUUACCUGCUCAACGGGUGGGUGAACGUGUCCGAAGCCAAGUGGCACGGCGACUUAGUCAAGGAAGUUUCACUGACUGGCCGACUUAACUUCAUCCUUCGAUUCUUUUGGGUUGAUGGCAUCUUCCAAGAUGACCAGUUUGGAUGUGCGCACAGAGGAGCGUUUACUGGUCGCAAAGGAUUUCCGGACAUCCCGCCGCCCACCUCGGGGGGGGCACUCUAUGUGCUCGAUGCCGCCCACUGGACAUUUCAGGAAUGCUCGUAUGCGGAGGCAGCGUACGCGCAUUACCUGCCAGAGUUCCUUGCGUGGGGGAAGAGCUUGCUGAAGAAGAAGGGGUCAUUUUCAUCGGCGGGGGCUGGUAGGAGGGGUAGUCGUAGCAGUCGAGUGGUGUGGAGGAGUGCAACUGCAUUUAACGUGAAGAGUUAUGGCUGCAAAUGGGGGGCGGAGAAGAGAGGAUCACCUCCCAAGGGGAGGAGCAACGCAGGGCUCCGAUUCGCCAACGAGUUUGCCAAGAUCGCGGUUCGUAAUGCCGGCUUCCAGUAUUAUGACAGCUGGCAGGUGGAGGCUCCGUUUUACUUCGAUGACUCAGCCUCAGAUUGCCAUUUCUCGGGUAUUACGAAUAAUGGGCGUGUGCGAGGUGUUGUUGGAGAGGCAGUCACACGACAUUUUAUGACUUGGGUGGCGACGGUCAUGCAGUGAGUGACCACGAGAGAGUGGGGAAGAGAGGGAGAGAGGGAAGGGGAAACACACACACACACACACACAGCCACACGCACACACACACACACACACACACACACACACACACACACACACACACACACACACACACACACACACACACACACACACACACA